ACAAUAUGUACCUCUGAGGUGUAGUAGAGUAAAAAGUACAACAUUUACCUCUGAGAUGUAGAGUAUAAAUUGGAACUAGUACAUGUUCCACGUAAAUGUACUUUGUGUACAUUGUACACAGCUGGAAACAGAGAAAUAAUUGAAAAGAUGCAAAGGACGUGAGCUAGAGAAACACGAGGAGGCUGUAGAGAAAACUACCAUUUAAAAUGAUGUCAUUCCUCUUUAGAUAACAGUGCUGCAUACACUCAUACCACACUACAGCCUGGCUUCUGACGAAAUAAUCUCCUUACGUCUCACUGCUGUGUGUGUGUGUGUGUGUGUGUGUGUGUGUGUGUGUGUGUGUGUGUGUGUGUUAAGCACAUGAAUGCAGCAGAUUUGCAGAAAUAAUCCCUCAUUUCUCAUUUAUGCAGCAUUUUAGGGAUUGGUAGGCAGCGGAGGCUCACCUUACUAUUUGUGUGUGUGGGGGGGGGUCAGAGCAAAGAUGAUCUCCACCCCCCUCUCUGUUGUGAGGGUCAAUCUGUUGACCUAUUUCCUUGUCUUUUUUUAUGGCAUACUGAUUACUUUUUUCAUGAUUUCUUUUCACACAGUGAUAGAGGAGCAGAGAACAGACUUGAUGAUAGUGGAGUAAAACAGAAUCGGCAGAUUGUACUUCCUGAGCUGGCACAGGAAGUACCUCUGCUGGGCCUUUUUUCGAGAUGGUGUCGAUGUUGGAUGCAACCCAACAGGCGGCCCCGCCGCGAAAACAGAGGAGGCCCCUGGGCCGUUUCAAAGACUUUGUUUGUUCCAUCUGGGAUGGGAAAUAGUUAAUAAUGAGACUCUUGGUUCCAGAAAUUCCACAUAUAUAAUGGAUAGUAGUAAUGGCAUGCUUCAUAAUGGUUAAACCUUAGGACAUCACACGCAGGAUGUGCAAUAGCUUCUAAAUGUAAAGAAAUCAACCCUGUUUGUAAACCAUGUGUCCCUCCCCUUGGGCUGUGCUUAUCCUUUAAAUACUUUAACCAAACAGUCACAAAGAUAAAGGCUCUGGAAGAAAGUUUAUUUCAUCAGUGCAGUGGCAUCUUCAGGAAUAUUAAUAAAAAGUCAUGGGGAUGUUAGAUCUGCUCCUCCAGUCCUCCAGCUCCGUCUCCCUGUUGGGGGGUCUGGUGGUCCUGCUGCUCGUCUACCUUGUCUCCUCUUUCAGCUUCAGCUCCCAGGGGGACAGGAAGGAACCUCCAGGACCAAAACGUAUUAUUCUCUGACUACUCGGCCUGUCGCCCGUCUUGCCAUGUGUGUAAAUCUCACUCGAGUCGGGAAGUUUAUUAGAAUACACAUAUUUGAUUGGCUAAGUCCGGCGGUCUGCCUAGUAGGGACCCUUUGUGAUAAUGUGUUGAGAUAAUGUGCAUAUACACUUUGUUAAACCUUUUUUGAUGGUUAGACCUCCGGACCAUACGUUGGGGAAGGGCUCUGUCCGUUAUUUCACAGAGGGAGGUUAAAAAGAUUAUUUUCCACCACCAAGCGUUACUAAGAUUUCUAAAAAUACAGCAGCAGAGGAGGAAGCUCUGAUUCAAUGUGGAGUUAAUGGACUGAUGUGCCUCCAGACGGAGUUGGUUGAAUGUUAGCUGAUGUUUCAACCCAGGUUUAGUUUAGUAAUUGAUGACAUUUUUCCUAUGCAAUUAUUAACUGUCAGUUGUAGACCAACGUGUGUUCUUCUCUCUGCCUCUCUCUUUGUGAUUAUUUCUCUUUUUCUCUCUUAUUUAAAAAUACAAGUAACUUUUUAACUUAGUAUGCCAAUGGGGGUCAAUGGAGAAAAGGUGAAAGUUUCAACAAGAGUAAAUAUAGAUGGGACACCGAGUUCUACAUGAAGCUGAUAUGUUAUUAAUGUUUUAUUAGUUUUUAAACUUGUACUCCAAAGUUCCUACUGCCCCGUGGGCAAUUCUUAACUGUCAGCUAGAAACGGCAUCUCUCUUUACCAAAACAAUGAAUUCACACAAAGAAUCAAAGAAAUCUACGUGGCAAAGAAGCAUUUCCUUUGCGCCAAGAAUACAGAAGGAAGAACAAUGGCAGAGAGAAAAAGAUGAAUGAAAUGUUCAGUCCGUGAGCUACAAGAUAAAGAUAAGGAUAUUUACUGUAAUUCCAGAACUUGUUGUACUUGAAAAGGGAAUACAUUUAACAGCUGAGGAUGAUCGUGUAAAAGGCGAACCCAAAGUUCAUGAAGAUAGUCUGAAAUAGGAGUCUUUGCUCUCCAAGUGUGUGAGGGCGAGGUGAACCACGGAUAAACGUGGAGUGAUGUAGAUGUAAGAGCUGAGACUGUGAGGAGAUGAAUAAUGUGUCAUUACUUUUACAUGACAUGAUAUAUGGCUCUGUGGCCAUUUUCUGGAGGCUUUACGUACCAAACAAUCAGUAGAAAUGAAUUGUUUGUUGGAUUCAUUUCUUCCAUUCCAUGAGACACACAGACAUCUUCUUUAAUGAUCCCUUUUCCUUCAAAAGUUUGCUUUCAGAAUAUUCCUUAGCUUCAGGUGUCAAGUAGACCCAAACAGGCCAUGUCCACUACAGGAACUUCUACAUCCACCAAAACCACGUAUAAAUUCACAACAGUAGAAGGCAAAACAUGGAAUUCUUACUAAUGGUUAAACCUUAAGACAACACAUCACACGCAGGUUGUAAACCUUUUUUUAACCAUGUGCCCCUCCCCUUUGGCCGUACUUAUCUUCAAAAGACUUCAUCCAAACAGUCACAAAGCUAAAGGCUCUGGAAGGAAGUUUAUUUCAUCAGUGCAGUGGCAUCUUCAGGAAUAUUAAUAAAAAGUCAUGGGGAUGUUAGAUCUGCUCCUCCAGUCCUCCAGCUCUGUCUCCCUGUUGGGGGCUCUGGUGGUCCUGCUGCUCGUCUACCUUGUCUCCUCUUUCAGCUUCAGCUCCCAGGGGGACAGGAAGGAACCUCCAGGACCAAAACCCCUUCCUAUACUCGGGAACCUGCUGCUGCUUGACCUCAAGAGACCCUACAACACACUACAGAAGCUUUCCAAGAAAUAUGGAUCAGUGUUCACCUUCUAUAUGGGACCCCAAAUAGUGGUGGUCCUGUCUGGAUACAAGACGGUGAAGGAGGCACUCGUCAAUCAUGCUGAUGAGUUUCGAGAUAGGGAUCAAAAGCAAAUCCAACAUGAAUUCAAUCAAGGACAUGGUAAGGAAAGAAAAACAGAAAAGAUCUCUUCCUUAAAAUUGUAUCAUCUUGCAAAGCCGUUACCUAUUUUGUUGACCCACUUCUACUCAGGUAUUUUAUGGUCCAACGGGGACUCAUGGAAAGAGAUGAGACGCUUUGCUUUGACGAACCUGAGAGACUUUGGGAUGGGCAAGAGGGCGAUCGAGGAAAAAAUCAUUGAGGAAAGUCAGCACCUCAUUGGAGUGCUUAAGAACUUCAAAGGAGAAGCUUUUGAUACGACCCAACCGAUACGUUUUGCGGUCUCUAAUAUCAUCUGCUCCAUGGUCUAUGGCAGCAGAUUUCAAUAUGAUGAUCCAGAUUUUACAUCCCUGGUAUAUAAUAUGAGCUCACGAAAUCAACUUUUUGGCUCCCCGUCAAUAACGGUGUACAACAUGUUCCCUUGGUUCUUCAAAUGGAUUGCUAACAGGAAGCUUUUCCUCGGAUUUGGUGCUGCCAUCAAAAAACAGAACUUACAGCUGUUUAGUCGUUUGAAAGAGACCCUCAAUCCACAGAUGUGCAGAGGCUUUGUGGAUGCUUUCCUGGUUCAGAAGCAAAAUCUGGAGGUUAGAAAACAAAUCUAUUAAAAUGUAUAUUUUGGGUUUAGGUAGUCAGUGAUCAAGAAAGUGCAUCAUUUAGAAUUACUUCAGUCAAUUGCCAGUAAAUACAGUAAUUUAUUCAGUGUGGCUUUGUAGCACAAGGCAGUAAAACU